AUGUUUGGGCUAUUUACGAAGCUUUCAGAAUACGUUUGGGGAGCAUCGGAGGAUGAAAAUGGCGACGCUUCCAAAACGGGAGCGCGGAAUAAAACAGCUGAUUACAACGGGAAGCUCAAAACAACUGAGCCGCAAUUAAAGAAAGACCUCUUCGGUAAAGUGACCAGGCUGUAUGAUGGCUCUGGAGUGAUAGAUGAAGAGAUUUAUUUCACUUUUGAUUGCAUUAUCGGUGGUGAUCGACCAGAAGUUGGAAUGGAAGUUCACGUCGAGGCGUCACGCGUGUCUGAAACUUCUGGCUGGAAAGCUACGCGUAUGCAAGUUAUGAAGGAAUGGAAUCUCGAGGACGCAAACAGCGCCUCUUCAUCUUGUACAGAAACGCGUAUUGGCGCAAUAACAAAAAUCGCUCAUGAUUCUGGGGUUGUAGAUAAUGAAAUUCAUUUCCCACUAUCGUGUGUUAGAUUUGGGUAUACACCAUUUCAAGGAGACAUGGUGAAGUUGAACCUCGAGAAAUCGUUAGAUGGGCAAGACGAAGUCCAAGGGGUGAUGCCACUCCGAGAGAAAAGUUUCAAAGGGACGGUAACAUAUGUGUCAUCAGGGUUUGGUUACGUUGACGAAGAAGUCUUCUUUACAAUUGGGGUUUGUCCGCGGGGGUUCAGGCCUCGUCGAGGGGAUGUUGUUAAAGUGACAGCCAUUGAAUCACAUCAACGUAAUGCUGCAUGGAGAGCCAUUAAGGUGGAACCAAGACGUGCAACUCCAAUGGUGUCAAGGUAUUUUCAAUUUCGGUUUUUUUUAAGGGCUUUGGGUAUCAAGUAUUACAGUUGAUCCUUUCUGAAUACAUAUUUCUUUCCAACCGAGUUUGAGGCCAGUACGGUAAAUUAUAGGCUCAGAUUCAUGGCCCUAGUGUGAAAUGCAAAGGCCAUAAAUUGGAGUAGAAAAAUCAAGGCUCCAUAGCUUGCCAUAUGGAUGGAGAUGAUGAAGUAUUUAUAGUAAUAUACAUGUGUGUUUAUUAUGUCUUGAGGUUGAAAAAGUUUAAUUCUCUGCAUACAAUUUAUAUGAUGUUAGUUUGGAGAAUUUGGGAUUGGAUCAACCAAUAAUCCCUUAAUUGAUAUUUUUCUUUAUUCUCAUCACUUGUCUGCUUGAUAUUAUACUGAUUGUGUAAGGAGAAAUUCUCUCUAGGUCACCAGUAGGACUUAAAGGGUUAAGCAGCCGUUGUUACCUUUUACUGAGUCUGAGCCUGUUUGUAUUGAUCUCCACCUGUAUUGAGCAGUGAUUUACUGUAAAGCAGAAUCACUUGACUAAAACUAAAAAUAGUAUUCAAAUAUAAUAAAUCCAUGUUUGUCUCCCAAAAUUGAUGGUAGUAGUGUGUUUGAGAGAGUUUUUAUACAUGUAAUGGUCAAUUAUGGCAAAAAAAGGCAUUUUAAAUUUUUUUUUUCGUAAUACCCCUUUGCUGAGGAACCUGUAGUGGGCAACCACUUAACCCUUUACACCCUAACAUCAGUAUGCAAUUUCCCCACACUGUUCUCUAUACAUUUCCUAUGUUACCUAUAAGGAGAAUUUGUCCAACAAUCAAGAGUGUCUUGGGUUCAUGAUUAUUUCCUUAAUUCUCAUGACCUGAAUGUUUGAAUCAGGGUUGGUAUUGUUGGGAGAAAUUAGAAACUUGCCACUCUUAGUGGCUUAACCCUUUAACUCCCAAGAUCUCAUUAGUAAUUCUCCCUACUGUCUGUCAUAAAAUACGUAUGAUUUCAAAUUGGAGAAUUUAGUAUUGGAUCAACUUGUAGUCCCCUAAUUGAGAUUUCUUCUUUAUUCUCCUCACUUGUCUGCUUGAUUCUGUGUUGAUAUUGUAAGGAGAAGUUAUGUCUUGGUCACUGAUGGGAGUUAAAGGGUUAAGGGUUAAUACAGGUUUGACUGUAAUUUUGUGUUAUCAACUGACUUGAUAAUAUAAAUUGACUUUCAUGAAGUUUUUAUGAAGCUGACAUGUUGAGUGUUAGCUUUUUGUCAGCCUGAAGGGAAAUUCAAUCAAAAAACUGCCUAUAAAUAAACUUUUAGUGGUCAGAGGGUAAGAGAAUACUACAAUUGGCGCUCAGAGAAAUGAUCCAAGUGGCUUUAUCUUGCAUUGUAGAAUUUUUACUAAUAAUUAUUUAUUUUAUCAACCAGUCCAUCACCGCAUAGUCAAAUGUUUAUGGGUAAUAGGAUGGCUGAGCUUUUAAGAGACAAAGAAGGUGUAACAAUUUCAGAUCAACUUGAUUUUGGAAGUGUUAUGGUCGGAGAAACAAAGUUGUUACAUGUGUGGAUAAGGUAAGGACAGUUGAACAGAUGUCUUGAGUUUUAGACAUUCACGAACUUCAAUCCAUGACUCAAAUCAUAGACAUCCCCAAAUUUUUGUAAGACCAAAGGUGCCAUCUUCAAGGAAGUAUGGAGACGUGCCUUUUGAGAAGAUUACUAACCUUUAUAUUCCCAAGAUCUCAUUUCUAAGUAUUCCUUACUAUCUGCUGUGCAAUUCUUCAGAUGUUUGUCUGGAGAAUUUGGUAUUGUGUCCACUAACAAUCCCCUACUAGAUAUUUCUCUUUAUUCCUAUCACCUGUCUGCUUGAUAUUCAAGGCUUUCAAUAAUAGUGGGUUAGUGGCUGUCUACUGCUUUUGAUAAAACCUUUUGACACCAUCUGUUUAGCCUGCAAGCAUUCUCCUUUGUUUGGGUUUCACCUUACAGCCCCUGUUCAGUUUUCUAAGAAAUUUGCCCCCUUAUUCAUUUAUCUUGGAAUCUUAAUUUACCUAUUAAUUUAUCUAUUUUUCUUUUGUAACAGCAACAAGGGAGAUAAAGUACAGACAUUUCAGUCCUGUUCAUCAAUCAGAGAUGAUCCUCAGUUUUCUGUUCAAUUGGCAGACAAAAUUUUUUGUGAAUCAGAUGAUAAUGGCAGUCAUCAGCAGAACAGAUCUUUGUCCAUUGAUGAGGUGUUACUUCAUGGUUCUUUGUUGGCACCAGGCAUGGAAAUUAAUCCUCAGCAGGCCAAGCAAGUUAUUGUUGAGUUCAGGGCAAAGUAAGAGGAUGUUUGUUUACUCACAGUAAUUAAUCAAAUAAGUUUAUUUUUCAUUCUAUGGUAUUUUGAGCUGUUUUAAGGAAUAUGUUUUGAUAGAAUGAAGCCUGUAAUUUUGUUUAUCAGGGGUGAACAAAUGCCAAAGAUUGUAUACAGGGAAGGGAUGGUGUGGCAACCCCCCUCCCUCCUAUUAGCCCAGAGCGGGUUUGUCUGUAAUAGGUGGAUUAUACUGUCUUAGCAUCUUUUGUUCUUUUGUCAGAACCUUGGGAAGAGUGAAUCACCUUUUUGUGUUCAACUUUCAUGGCUUUGAGAUUGGGCGAUAUGUUGCUUGUAAUGUGCAGGACCCUAAUCAAGCUGUGCUGAAACCAUCGGCUCCUUAUCAGAGGUCUCACCAUAGAACUAAAGAGGCUUGGAAGAAGGUCGCCAACAGUAGCACUGGAGAAGAGUGGAUAAUACCAGGAGAAAAACCAAUCAGGUAUAAUUGUUGCCUCAAGCCCCAUGUUUAGUGCUGCUACAUACACAACCACAUAUGGUCUAAAUUCUUUUAGCUAUUCAUCUGUUAAGUACUGGAACUCCCUUCCUGACCACUUAAGAAAGACUGUAGAUUAUAGUGAAUUUAAGCGCAAACUGUUAGUGCACGGUUUCUGUUACUAUUACAUUAAUAUUACAUUAUAUUAUUAUAUUAAUGAUUAUUAUAUUAUUAUAUUAUUAUAUUAUGAAUUAUUUUUUUCUCUUUUUUUAGCCUUGUUCUUGCUGUAACUUUUAAAAUUAGUAAUUAGGAUCGGAGAUACUAGCUUGUAAGCUACACUGAAAUCCGAGGAUAAAUAAAGCUUAUGUAUGUAUGUAUGUAUGUAUGUACCCUUGUUGUUACUUUUAAGGAAAAGCAAAAUAUUCUUGCCCAAGAAGCUAUUACAGUACAAUAUUCCCAGAGACAUAAGGAGAUGCUUACUUGAUGGUGAAGACCUGAGUUCCACUGUGACAGCAUUAAGAGAGGUAUAAGAUUCUUUGAUGUAUGUCAUCACAAAUCCUUUUACUCUUUUUUAAUGUUUUACACCUUAACACCAGUAUGCAUAUUCUCCAUACUGCUCUACAUACAUUUCUUUAGAUGUUGACAUGGAGAAUUUGUUUAACAACCAAGAGCUUCUUUAGUUGGGGGUUAUCUCUGUUAUUCUCGUGACUUUUUUGUUUGAUUCAGGGGUAAUAUUGUAAGAAGAAAUUAGAUACUGGUCAUUCUUAAAUGUCAGCGGAUUAAGGCUCUUAAAAGCUACUCUAAGCAGUCCUUUUCCAAAUUUUGCCGAUCCAUAUGACAGUUCUAAAGGGGGUGGGUUUCCAAAGAAACUGUGGUGCUGUGUAAGAGGGAGUCAGAGUAAAGCAGGAUAAUUCACUAUAAUUAUCAACUAAGUUGGUAUUAUAAAAUAAUUCAAAUAGUAUGUGUGCUCUGUUUGGCCAUAAAACCAUUUUACAUGAGCGUUUGUAAACACGGUUUUUGUUCCUCUUUCAUCAGUUAUUUUAUAAAAGAAAUGUAAGUUGGAAACCACUCUGCUUCGUGUCGUGGUUUCCUACGCUUAUCUCGUGUUCUCCCAACCUCACGCGUGUUUACAUCAGGCUAUGUAAACAUGGAAACCAUUUUACAUUUCUUCAAUGUAAAUUGGCCACUGUAAAGAGUUUCAAAGCCGACAUUUUGAGCAUCAGAAUGAAUGACAGCUUGACAGCUAGCCUGGUCACUUAAAUGAUUUGUCCUUUUUUUUUCUUAUGGCAGCCAGUUAAUUUGAAGAACUAUGCUGCAAGGUUUUCAACACUUCUUUAUGCUGAGGAGCUUCAAAUGGAAAUAGACAUGAGGGAAUUUGAUAUGGAAGGGGUAAGAUAAGCACUUGGACUAUAAUGCUGGUGAAGGGGGAGUGAAACGAUUACGGAGAAGAACAAUCAUAUAUUGUCUUGUCUUCUGCUUAGGUGAACAUGAAUGUAUGUGGUGAAUUUCUCAGUCUCAAUGUACCAGGGUUGGCUGAGGGCAGACCCUCCCUUCUGAUUGGUGACAAGAUUUUAGCAUCACUCACAGGUAGACAUAUUCGCGAUGCAUUUGGCAUUCUACAAAGUUUAUUUAUUAACUUGCUUUUUCAAAACUGUCAGGAAGCCUUAAGAAAUACAGGAGGAGAAGUAAGUUGUGAUGUUGUAACAUGGUUAGGAGGUACAUCUGUAUUAGUUGGGGUGAAAUGGUUAUGGUCACUUUCUGCAACAGAGACUGGGUAAGGCUCUAAAAAGAGUUCAACUCACUCUUCUCAUCAAAUCAUUAUUUCUCUUAUUUGACUAAUGCCAAUGACAAGUAAUUACUGGAUGGGGACAAUGCAAAGAUGCUAAAAGUAAAUUCACGAAUUGUUUGGUAAUUAUACAUUUUAAACAAUCUGCAAAAGAAGGCACUUCUCUCUCUGAGUUUGCCAAAGUUUGAGAACACUACACAGACAAGGGGCUUGGAAACUAGGCAGACUUUAAACUCAACAAGAUAACCCAAUAUCUGCAGUAGAUAUUGGAUUACCGUGUCAACUUUACUCGCUAUUGUAUGACUGUAUGUUCUCAACCAAUCAGAGUUUUCAUAGUAAGUAUAAUGGAAAAUAAUUACAGUUCCUCUUCAUGCCAGGUGUUUCAUCAGAGUCUCCAAAAUAUGAAGGAUAUAUUCAUGAGGUAUUUUUUUGUGUAUUUUGAUUUGAUAACUGAGCGUACAUGUAUUGUUUGCACUCAAAAUCAUGUUCUUCUGAUGUUGAUGUUUUUAUUGUUAUUAAACAAGCUAUGCUAUGUACCCACACUUGAUAUACAGGUUCAUAAGGAUGAAAUUCUGGUUAAGUUUAACGAGGAUUUCCACAACAGAUUUGCCAUGCAGAAGUGUGAUGUGAUGUUCUAUUUUAACAGGUCAGCAAUUUUUUUUCUUUGUUGAAAUAUAACAUAUUUACUCCUUAUACCCUUAUAUCAGUAUGCAUAAUCUCCAUACUGUUCUCUAUACGAUUCCUAAGGUGCUGACAAGGAGAAUUUGUUGAACAAUCAAGAUCUUCUUUAGUUUGUGAUCUUUUCUUUCAUUCUCAUGACCUUGUUCAGGGCGUGAAAUUAACUUUUUUUUCUGAUAGCCACUUGGCUCCUAAAUUCUUCAAAGUGGUAGCCAAUUCAAAAAAAGUUGGUCGCCAUUUUCAAAGGGAAAAGACCUUUAAUGUGCUACAAAGUGGACACUAGGAUGGAUGAUAUACAAAGUUCAGGCUCAUCUAAAUCCAAGAUGGCGUCUAGUUAUCGAUCGAGAUGCAUGUGCUACGUUUUGGAAACAAACUUAACGAGGAAGUUUGCCGCGGAUUUAUCUUUGCAAAUCUUUUUAAUUCACUAUAUCUCUUGGUAAGGUUAUGAUGAAACGUUCUAGUCGCCAAUUUGGCGACUAACUUUCAGGAUUUGGUCACCAAAGUGAAAAAUUUAGUCGCAUUGGCGCCUGUAUUAGGCGCAAUUUCACGCCCUGUAAUGUUGUUUGAUUUAGCAGUGAUACUGUAAGGAGGAAUUAGAUAUUGGUCACUCUUAGGGGAAAAGGGUUGGUGGAACCCUUUCCUAUUGAUAUCUGUAGGGAGUUCGGGAAAUGCAACAUGAAAAAUAAGAGCCAUCGUGCUUUUUACUUUUCUAAGGACUACUCUGAGAAGAGCUCACCGUGCAGUGGAAUUUGCCGUAUCUCUGGGUGAACAAGGUAUUUUCUUGAUAAAUUAGAACGAAAAAUACUUGUCUGUUUCUUUCCAGGCCUUUGGAAUUUAGACAUUUCAUGCGAGUAUUAAUUAUAGGUUAGAAUGCGGGGUGCAACUACGUCCUUCAUACGGGAUGCUACAAAUGUAGUAUCCCCGAGCGGCAGAGCUGAGUAACGAAAUGUAUUUGACAGGUAUGCGGUCAACAACGUGGGCUUAAGCGCGCCAGGUUUAAAACUCAACGAAAUUUGCGGAAAAUAGGGACUGGCAUGUAAAACCGAGACAUUUUGUCGUCGUUGAAGGAUUUUUUCUAUUUUCAGUGUUUUGGAGGUGACAAUUGAGGUUUGAAAAUAUUUAGAGGGGUAUACAAAGUUUAUGGAGGUGGUUCUGUAAAAGUGAAGCGUCAAGGGAAACAGCGUCUAGAAGCAGCAGAACGGAAAAUCAAACGUGCAUACGACUCAAAAUCCGUUCUCCGCGCCGAAGCCUAGCGCAAGCGCAGACGUUAUUCAGCUCUGCCUUCCCAGGCAGGGUUCUUCCUUCUCGUCUUCCCUCAGGUUUCUGUGGCAUUCUCAACACAGACCCGUUUAAACUCCUGAGUGCAGAGGAACUGUGAAAGUGGUGUCUUAUCCAAGAACACAGUAGAAUUGACCCAAUGAAGAUUCAAAGCCGGACCUUGGGACCUGAUCCUGGUUUUUGGAUACUUUGUUGAUACUAAUCCUGGGUUUACAGUGUUCAAACCUUUUUUUUGUCCCUGUGUUAUAAUCUGGAUUAGUGUCGCUCACCAAUAUUCUAGAAUGCAAUAAAUCUGCUGUUUCAUAUUUCUUUUUAAUCAUUUUUGAAGUUCAAUUUCUGUCUUUUUCUUCUUUGACACAGUAUUAUUUCCAAGGAAUUUGUCACCAAAUUUGCCAGUUUUGACUCUAACAUUGCCCAUCUCGUCACCAAAAGGACGGAACACUGACAUUGAGAAAGGUAUUUUUGAGGCCCAACGAAAUCUGAUCUGAUUCAUCUAAGGCCGUCAGUUGCUUAUCAGAAGUUACCUCUCGUUCUUCUGGGUACAUGUGUGAACCUAUGUGUUUCUUUUUGAUACUGCAGUUGCAGUGGGCUCUCUCUAAGAGCUGCCAAAGAGAGAAGGCAGCCGACCGAAACCGUACACUACUUUAACCUUUAUUUAUAAAAGUGCUGUUCAAACAUCGUACUCUUAUUGAAAUACUUUUGAUUUAAUUUCCACAGUGGCCGUUUUCUUUUUUUUUUUAAGUGUAAUUGAAUGCAUGAUUUACCAAUAACAAGUUUAUAGUUUUUGAAUCGAUUCCAAGGGAUAGUUUGACCUUUUAAACCCUAAGAGUGACUAGCAUCUAAUUUUUCCCUACAAUAUCAACGCUGAAUCAAACUUUAAGGUCACGAGAAUGAAGGAAAUGAUUACCAACAAAAGAAGCUUUUGAUCAGUAAACAGAAACUCCUUGUCAGCACCUUAGGAACUGUUUAAAGAACAGUAUGAAGAAUAUACAUAAUGACUUUAGGGUGUAAAGGGUUAACUGGAAAUUUCCCGAUCGUGCGUGUAAUCUUACGAAACAAUUUUGAGUCCAUGACAACUUGGCCGCCUACGGUUUAGUAUCUGUCUUCUCAUUUAAACUUAUAUACAUCUAAUACUGAUUUUCAAGCAGAUUCACCAACAAGAACACAAAGUGAGUCUGCGAAGGAACUCAAACCGGCCGAUUUCCUGUACAAUCCUUCCCUUAAUGAGCGUCAGAUGGCAGCGGUUAGUCGUAUUGUAAGUGGCCAAUGUCGUCCCACGCCAUACCUACUGUUUGGACCUCCUGGCACCGGGAAAACGAUUACCGUUGUGGAAGCCAUCCUUCAGGUAUAACCACGGUUUAAUUGUAUCAUUAGGGGAAAUGGUUUGAGGUCUAAUUCUAUGAUAUAUUCGUCCUUAUCGUCUCAGACGUCUAAAAAAGGAGAGGAAAAAAAGGAAAGGAAGAUAAAAGAAAACUUUCGAGACUUUAAGGCUGAUUCAAAUAGUGGAACGCUUUCCAGAAGAUAACGAAAACUUGACUGUCGUUACGACUUAAUCAUCAUGAUCGAGUUUAUGGUAGUCAGCGGUCAUUGUCAAAAAUGCAGUGUCAGGUGGAGCGAACACAGCGGUCAAACGUCGGGCAUGCGCAAGGGGCUCAAUUUUGGCUGCCCACGCGCCAAUUUCCCGCUUAAAUUUCAAAGGAAAACAUUGAGAAACAACAGCUGUCUCGCCAAAUAAGGGAAAGACAAUUGAAACUUGAUACAAGUUUUGUGGUUGUUUGCAACUUGAGGGAAACAGUCUGAGAGCACGACCUAGUUUUAAUAGGAAGGGCAACCAACAACGUUCGCACAUGCGCAGACGUUUGACCGCUGUAUUCAGCUGGCAUCUUUGAGAUCCUCCAGAAGUGUUGAGAUCAUCCAAGUGUUGAUAACAUCGUAUGUCAGUGCGGUACGGUGUUCAACUGUAAUUUAUUUUUCUGCCUUCUGUUUUUUGUUCAGAUUUUUCACAGAAUCCCCUCCAGCCGCGUCCUAGCGUGUGCUCCGUCAAACAGUGCUUCUGAUUUGAUUGUAAGUAGCAAAUUCGAAAAAAUUUCUGCUGUUGUCUCGGUUCUCUUAUUACAACUUUUCUUUGAUCUUAAAUGUUUAUUUGUACACUCAGUUAUUAAAUUCCUCACGAAUACGCUGACUUCACAAAAGUGCAAAAUAUGAGAUUUUAACACAAAAACAUUACUGCUAAUCUACAACUUUAAGACACUAACUAAACCUCCUUUCCAUGGGUGAGCUUUCUCACCUUAUAAAACUAUGGAGAAGUAAUCACCUAGAAUAGCUGAGUGAUAAAGAGCUUCUAAAGCAAAUGUUUCGAGCGUUAGCUCUUCGCUCUGACGAAGGGUUAACGCUCCAAACGCCAGCUUUAGAAACUCUUUACGGUGGCCAAUUUACAAUAUCAACUCAGUUGAUAAAACUAAAUUACCUUGUUACACUCCCCACUGACGCAGCACCACAGUUUUUUUAGAAGCUUAUCCCAGUUAUGAUUUUGUGUUAUUACUUUGUGUUAUCAGGGUAGGCUGUUCUAGGGGAUUGCGCCGUCAUAGUAUCAGCUUUUAUCUUACAAAUAGUUUGUUCGCAAAGGAGGAGCAACUUGUUCGUUUAAAGAUACCUUCAUUGUCUCACCUUCCACUCCCAAGAUUAAACCAUAAAUUCUCUGCACUGUCUCUCAUACAUACUUUUGAUCGGUGUUUUGGAAAUUUGGCGCUAAAUCACACACUAUCCUUUGAUGAUAUAUUUUUGUUCUUCUCAUCACCUCCUGCUUUAAAAUGUGUCGUAAAUGUGAGUAGAAAUUCCUUCCCAGUUAUUCUCGGUACUUAAGGGUUAACAUGUGUUCAAGUUGAUAUUUGAUUUCUGUUAUUUGCGUUGUAAGGCCGAACGCCUUCAUAUGAGCGGUUACAUCCAAGCGGGAGACAUGGUACGCCUCAAUGCGGCCCAGAGAGUGCAGAAUAUCCCAGAAAGCAUCAGUCUGUACUGUAUUGACACAGAUCAGUUGGAAAUGGCGUCACGCUAUCGUAUUAUAGUCAGCACAUGCAGCACAGCUGGUCAGCUUUAUUCCUUAGGAUUGCGGCCUGGCCACAUAACUCAUGUAUUCAUUGAUGAGGUUUGUAGGAUUGAUAUGCGAGCCGUCUGAGUGUGUCUGUUUUUCGUGAGGUGAAGCUUUUAUUCCUCUUUGUGGAGAGCAAACUUUCGAUUUCUUUCUGGCUGAUUUUAUGCUGUCUUUCCUGGUUCAGACGUCGUUACGUUUAAGACCUCGAUAAGAUUCAGACGUUGUUACGUUAACGGCUUCGUGAAAUUAAACACGUCGUUGAGUCAAUGGCAGCUUUCAUCCAUACUGUUUUCUGAAUUUAUCACAAAUUUUAACAAGCGUCGGUCAAAGAAAGAUUCUGAGUCCCCAUGAGGAGUCGAACCUCAGACCUUCGUAUUCCGCGCUCCGAUGCUCUACUACUGAGCCACAGAGACUCUACGAUGAGUGAGGUCUAUAACUAAGUUCAUAUGACACACGUCCUGCAUACUGCUUGGAUCAGCAAUGUCGAUAGCAUUAUGAAAUCGUUGUUGUUUCUCCAGGCAGGGCAAGCUACCGAACCAGAGUGUCUUGUUGCUCUUGGUCUGGCUGCAGGAGAAGAUGGUCAGGUUUGUUGUGAAAUCAGUUCAAGUUAGAAAUGAUUUCAACUUCUUGGGAAAGGUUUCAAUAGAGAAGGGAAGAGGCAACUUAUCAGGCGAAAAUAAGGAAUGCGUGAAUUGGGUCCCAGAAAAACAAAAGUCUAUUGAUCUUCAGGGUCUUGGAGCGUAAAAAGAGAAGGAAUUAAAUCCUCCGCCACCCCUUCCCCCUCAGUUGGAGUACAAGUCUCUUAAAAGCCCUUCCCCGGUUAUUUUAUCUUUCUAUUUUAUCUUUCGUCGGCAGCCAUUUAUACUCAUUACUGGAUGCUAAGAUCAGGUUUGUGAAAGCAGACACGCAAAGGAGGGUUCAAAAUAUGAGUUUGAUGAUGAAGCAACGCGAAAAAAGAGGCAGAGGUACACCAAAAAGGAAAUAAGGUUCGCUACAGAUGGAGACGAUCAAAUCGUAUGGCAAACAGCAAUGUGUGCCUCCUUUACCCUUGUUUUAGAAGUCCGUUGAUUCGGAUCUCAGGAAAAAAAGCCAAUUUUUUUACAAUUCUAGAUUAUUUUGGCUGGUGAUCCUUUCCAACUCGGCCCAGUUCUCCAAUCUCGCGUGGCAGCCGCAUACGGACUGAACAUCUCUCUACUGGAGCGUUUAAUGAACAGACCACUGUACUGCCGAGACGAAGACAAGUUUGUGGACCACGGAUGCUAUGAUCCUCUUUUAGUGACAAAACUUGUGAAUAAUUACCGAUCACACCCUGCUGUGCUGAAACUGCCCUCGGCGGUGUUUUAUCAUGAUGAGCUGCAGCCAUGUGCUGAUUUGAACAUGAGGGAAAGUUUGAAUCACUGGGAAAAGCUGCCACGCAAAGGAUUUCCGGUGCUCUUUCAUGGGCUCAAGGUAAGCAAAGUGUUUAUCAAGUUUUGAGUUCUUGAAACAAGGACGAAAUUUGCGAUCCAAUUAUUAAGACCUGUUAAAAUGUGUGGGAAACAAAAUGAAUCCUUGAAAAAAAAAAAAAAAAAAAAAAGAAAGUAAGGGGGGAAUUGCAGUUGACUGUUGUUGAGUCAGGGGAGGGGUAGGUGGGCAGUUGCCCAGAUACUGAUAUUAAUCCAACAUCCUUACAAAAAAAAAAUAGAAUUUGAACCAUUGGUGCCGUUUUGAAAUGCCCGUUUCAGAACAGAUACGAGAGAAAAAUUACGAACUAGCUAAGCGAUGCACAUGCUGAUGUUUUUCAUAACUAUAAAAGUUAAGAAACGAUUUGAAGUGGCAAUGAUUAGCUAUACCGAGAGCAUCUUGUUAGUUUGCCAACAACUUUUUUAAAAUUUUUAUCAACUGUUUUGCCUAUGAAUUUUUUUAAGGGGGAAGAUCUUCGUGAGGGCAACAGUCCAUCAUGGUUCAACCCUGUGGAAGCAGUUCAAGUUGUGAAAUAUUUACAGUCUCUAAGGUCCGACAACAACUUCCCUCUUAAACUCACAGAUAUUGGUGUAAUCACACCUUACAGAAAACAGGUUCGUGCGGUGAAGCCCUAAAUCUAUUCCUGAGUGAGUGAGAUCACCAUAAGGGAAGUUACAGGGAAACAUUGUGUACAGAGAUCCUGCAAUAUGCCUCGUUAGAAUUAAGUGAAGGACGGCGAGCGUGAGUGCACUUGCAAAUGUUGCGGAUACUGUGAUGAUUAGCAGUGCCGAAAUGCUGAAAGCAUCUUGAAUAGAGAUGGGGUCAGCUUGCCCAACAAAUUUUAUGCUACAUGUAUCAACGAGUGUUCCAUGUUAGAUAUCGGUAUUAGCAUUUAUUUUUUUAAGCUCGAUCCACACGGUCUUUAUUUUAAGUGACUUUUCUUUAUCGUGCCAUUAAGGUUGAAAAGCUUCGUCUCUUGCUCGAUCGCUUGGGAUUAGGUGAAGUAAAAGUUGGAUCCGUAGAGGAAUUUCAGGGACAGGAAAGGCUCGCCAUUGUCAUUUCAACGGUACGACGCAAGAGCUACUCUCUUCCAAAACUCAUUUUUAGCAUAAAUGGCUGAAGUUGUUACUAAAAUCUUUUUAACUAAUAAGUUUUAAAACUGUUAGUUUUCUUCUCGUUUCCUAGCCACUGUAAAUCAAUAGUAACGCUGGGUGCCAAGUUGUUCUCAAGAGAGUGAUGCGUCUUACUUCAGUGAAGCCAGAUUAUUUCUGCCUCCAAAGAAAGUCAAACCAUUAGCUUUUCACCGUCGCUAGGUCCUUUCACUCCCAGAAAUAACCAAUAAAUCCGGUUUUUAUUCUGGUGUGGUGCCAUAUGGAGAGGGGCAAAUAAACGUAAAUGGAGAAAAAUGAACUUCACGUUAACAGCAGAGAACGGUCUUAUGUGAUCCUGAUCGACUAUGAUUGGUUGCAGGUUCGCUCUAACGAGUCAAUGGUCGGUGUUGAUGUACGUCACAGCGUCGGCUUUCUGAGUAAUCCCAAGAGGUUUAACGUGGCUAUCACCCGUGCCCAGGCUCUGCUUGUUGUUGUUGGAAAUCCUUAUGUACUUUGCCAGGUUAGAAGUGUCUGUGAGAAUCUAAUAAACUUUUGGUUAAAGUUCAGGCUUUGUUGUUUUUGCCGCCAUUUGUAACUAACUCCCUUUAUUCAAUACAAGACUGAAUUGCUUGCAAUACUCCACUGAAAAUUCCUCUGAAUGUAUCCUAGCGCGAGUUAAUGUUUGUUAAGGUAUUUCUGUCAUGUAACACCGGGAUUCAUUUUGGUUUGCAGGAUCCUUACUGGUGCUGCCUUCUUCAGUACUGUGUCAUGAAUGAUGCUUAUGUUGGUUGUGAUCUACCAUCCCUUGAACAACAAUUUCUAACGGUGACCAGUUUUCUUAGCCUUAGACAUGUUGAGAAAUACAUAGAAUUUUCACUAGUUUUAUCAUCUAGAUCCUUGUUGAGGUCUGGUUAACUCUUUUAAAAUUCAAACGAUUUCUGAAUAUAGCUGCAUGUAAUCAUCGUUAGUGUGACUUUUGUUAAAAAAUCCAUUUACGAAAAAAGAGGCCAGAUUCCAAACUCCGUAGAAAAAAUGUAUUAAACUUGUUGAAUGAACCGCAACAUUUGGUUAAAAUGAAAACUCAAAAACUUCUUAAAAUUCCAAAUAAAGGAGUUACAAAUUUACGCGAACGAAAGCUCUAAAACAACUAAAACUCCGCGAAAAUAAACUGAAAGUACGUGAAAAAUGCCCACGUCAGUUUUCAAUUGUGAAGGGUAGAGUUCGUUGACGUGAUUGGCUAAUUUUGUGUUCACGCGCGGUGCGCGUGAAUGCAAAAGGAAUACGAAGUGGGGAGAGGAAGAGAUUUUCUACAACUUUGUUCACCAUUUUCGUCACCUUUUAUGCGUUAAAGAAAACUUGGCUGCUCCUUUUUUUAAGCAUUUUGUGAAUCUUUUGACUUUCGUGAGAGUUUUGAGCUGUUAUAAACUUUUUCAACUGAUGCCUCUCGAGACAUGAUUUUAAUAUUUCUUGUACUUAUGUAAGGUGACAUUGCUCGUGUAUUUCGUGACAGGAGGAAUUCCACGCCGCCGCAAAGCUACUCAACAGAACGUUGGCAGCAAAUGAGAAAUCGCCGGAAAAUGCAAAUAGUGCCAGGCCACAAGAGCUUAUGCAAAGCAGUUUAUCAGAGAAAGAAACCAAUGUAACAAUGCUUCAGUGUUCUGACGCUUUUGCAAACUGCGCAAACACACAAGCCAAUAGUAUGAAGGAAAAAGGGGAAGAUUCUUCAGACUUUCUUGGCACUUCGUUUAGUCGAGAAUCUACGAAACAACCUCACAACGCUUGUGGUACGUCUCCACUUCAACGUACAAAUCAGACGCCCUCUAAAGAGAAUAAUUCUACAAAAUCGGCUCAUGAUGAAGCUAGUCUAUAUAUGAGGUCAGUAGGAGUGGAACACGAGGUGCAUACCAAUACAGGAAUGGCACCAGAAUUUUUGACCAAGGAGCAAGAUUUGGAGGAUGACCUUGAAGAAUUUGUGCUUCAACCCCGGAAUAACAAACAAUAAUCUAAAAAAGGCUGAAUACUUUUGAACUUCCUCCUUGAC